AUGAAUACUUCUUCACUGAACCACUCUUCGACGACCUGGAAACCCGAGUCUGUUAUAAUUUCUCUGGCUUUUUCGCUUAUUUUUUUGGUCGGCACCGUUGGAAACUGCCUAGUCCUUGCAGUUCUACUACGUAACGGACAGAUGAAAACAACUAACUUAUUUAUCCUGAACCUUGGGGUGGCAGACUUGUGUUUUAUAGUUUUCUGCGUUCCUUUUCAAGCCACAAUCUACACCUUGGACGAGUGGGUCUUUGGUUCUUUUGUGUGCAAGGUGGUACACUUCAUCAUUUUCCUGACCAUGUACGCAAGCAUCUUUACGCUGGUGGCGGUGUCACUUGACAGGUACCUAGCCAUCCGUUACCCUCUCCGCUCCAGAGAGAUGAGGACACCUAAGAACGCCCUCACAUCCAUCUGCCUGGUGUGGGGCAUGUCCCUGGUCUUCUCCUCCCCUUACCUCAGCUACUACCGGCUGAUUGACCUGGACGGCAGCAUGCUCUGCAUCCCCGCAUGGGAGGCCCGGCCACGCAGGGCGAUGGACAUCUGCACCUUCGUGUUUGGCUACCUUCUCCCCGUCGUGGUGCUCAGCCUGACCUACGCCCGCACCAUCCGCUACCUGUGGACCACCGUGGACCCCAUGAAGGACAUGUCGGAGAUCAGGCGGUCCAAGCGUAAGGUCACUAAGAUGAUCAUCAUCGUGGCAGUGCUCUUCUGCCUCUGCUGGCUGCCCCAUCACCUGGUCCUCCUCUGCAUGUGGUCCGGACAUUUCCCCCUCAACCACGUCACCUACGUCCUCCGCAUCCUCUCCCACCUGGUGGCCGACGCCAACUCCUGCCUCAACCCCAUCGUCUACGCCCUGGUGUCCAAACACUUCCGCAAAGGCUUCCGGAAGGUGUUUGGGUGCGCCUUCAGGAAGAGCGUGGUCAACAAGGUGCAUGUGGUUCAGGCGGUUCAUACGGUCAGCAGUGUGGAGGGCGGGUCCAGUGAAACAUCCAAUCAGAGCCAGCCUCAGAGCGGGCCUGUGGAAGACAAGCGUGGGUUGAAGACGGGCCUGCAGAUGGACCGUGGCAGCAGGCAGGAUCCUCAGAGCAGUGGCAGUGGGAACAUGAGUUCAAUCCCCAGCGGGCAGAGAGAGACCGUGGUGGCACCACAAGAAAAACAGUUAGUAGCUGAAAAUACCACUUCCAAGAAAGGCAAUGUGUAA